GUAUAAUUAAUCUUAGAAGACAUGGCAAACGAUGUGUUUCAGGGAAAGAUUGAGGGUUUUCCAGAAAUAUCAGUUGAUUACUUUGUUGGUAGCAGGUUGAAAAGCUAUUGUUUCUUCUUGAGUCACUGCCACACUGAUCACAUUAAAGGAUUGGAUAGCCAAGAGUUUAAAUCUCUACUCCAGCACAAACAAGUCAAGAUAUAUUGUACUAAAGUCACAGCUAGCUUAGUCCUAAGGAGAUCUAAACUGGACUACCUAGCUUCUUCGUUCGUUUUUAUUGAAAAAGAUGAAAGCUAUACUUUACAUGUUUCUCCAAAAGAAACCAUCAAUGUCACGAUCAUGGAUGCUCACCAUUGUCCUGGAUCUGUUAUGUUUUUAUUUUCUAGAGAUGGCGAUGCUUCUUUAUAUACCGGAGAUUUCCGUGUCACCAAAGAUAUUGCUCUCAAUAGUGCCAUCAAUAAUGUGCAACUUAAAUCCCUUUAUAUUGACACUACAUUCUUUUCUCCUAAGAUACCAAAAUUUCACGAUUUCCCAUCUCGUAAAGAAAGUGAAGAUGCAGUGGUGAGGUUUGUUCUUCGGGAAAAAGAAAAGAAUGAUUCAGUUGUGGUUCAUAUUGAUGUGACACCAGGGUGGGAGAACAUAUUCAUUGCUCUAGCAAACCACUUUGAUUGUGAUGUUCAAGCCCUGGAGAAUUUAUACAAUCAGUAUUCAGAUAUUGAAGACAUAAUGUUUUACCUAACUCUAAAUAAAAGUUGGUUACAUAUUAACCAAACUAAUUCGGAAUGUACCCUCUGCAAUGAUACAACAUUAAAACUUCGCCCAUCCAUUCAAUGGAAGUUACACAACAAUAUGAUGAAUAAUGAUACAAUGAUUGCUGCAAAAGCUGGAGUCAACAACAGCUGGUAUGUUACCCAUUCAAUGCAUAGCUCCUAUAGUGAAUGUUGUUCUUUCAUUGAGCAGGUUUCUGCUGAUAAGGUGUUCCCAAUAGCUACCCCACCAAACUCAUCUAAUGAGCAAAUUACAGCACAGCUCAAAAAGUUUUGGAAAAAGAGCCAAUCGAUCACCCCAGCUAAAUCAACUAACUUUAAGUCAGACCCUUCCAAUCUUUUGAAUAACAAAGAAGAUUAUCAUCCACAAUGUGAAGAGACAUUUGAUGAUGUUGAUGUCUCAAGUGAAAGUGACGAUUGCUUGCCUAUAUUAUUAGUUGAAGCUAAAGCAGUAGAAAAGAUUGAGGCUAUCGAAAAAGAAAUAGAGGAUAAAAUGAAUGACACUCACAGAAGGAAUAAUUCCACAAGAUCAACCAAAAUUAAUACUAUACUGAGUAGUGAUGAACCCUCUGAGAAGUCAUGUCUGCAACAAACAGACUUAAAGCAAUCUCGUUGUAGGAAGAAAAGAAAACACAUUAAAAAGUCAAAGCUGUCUGUAAAAAAGAAACCAGUUUUAAUUAUAAGCUCCAGUUCUUCUGAAUCAGAUGACAUUAUCAUUAUAAAGGGGAAGGAUCUCAAUAAAGCAGUUACAAAUAACAGGUCCACUUUUGCUUCAGCGCAAAUGGAUGAUCAACAUGUAAAUCAGUUUUUGAAACUUGCAGACAAUGAAGUAGAUAUUCAUAAAUCAAAACCUAAAUCACCAGGGAAACUGAAAAAACCUCCAAAAAUCUCGCCUGAUUCAAGUUUUGAUAAGGACGUCAUGGACUCAUUGAUGUCCUUGGAUAAUGAAAUAGAGUCACGUAAAUCAUACAAUUCGCCAUCUGAUGUUCAUGUUCAACAGAAUGAUUUGAAAAUAUUACCAAGUGUUGGGACAUCUCUUGGUGUCCCCUCUUCAGAGAAACAAUCCAUGGACAUGAUAAUGAGUCAAUAUUUUGAUUCAGAUUCAAAUUAAUCUAGUGCAAAUUUUGUGAGUUCCGUUUAUACUUUUUUUGUAAAUAAAUGAUUGUGUUUGAUGAAGAAGUGCUGACAAACCUGAGGGACCUUAUUCAAAAAUAAUCUCAUUAAUCUAAUAGAAAAUAUUCUAUUUUCCAUCA